AAAGCAAACACACAAGAACAAACUUCACUUUGGAACGGAUUUGUCUGUUUGCCUCCUUUCAAACCUCUGCCACCAUGAAGAACUGCAUUUUACGACUGAUAAUAUCCCUCCUGUGUCUCCACACUCUGUUUGUGUGUGGGGAGGAUUUUGUGCUGAUGCCUGUUGAACUCGCUCCUGUCCCCUGUAACGACAAAGCUGUGGAGAAGCUGUCUCGUCUCGCAAUCACUUACAUCAACGAGGACCGCAAGGAGGGCUACAAGUUUGCCCUGAACCGCAUCACCAACGUCCACCUGCAUGCACAGGGCCCAGCAGGCAACGUUUAUUAUCUGGACCUGGAUGUCCUGGAGACCAAGUGCCACACACGCAGCCCGAAACCAUGGAAACGCUGUGAUGUCAGGCCAUUCAUGGAAACACAAAUCUCUGGCAACUGCAACACCACCAUCCUGCACACGGCAGAGGGUUUCUCUUACUUGUACAGCUAUGACUGUGCCCUCGUACCAGAUGCCCCAGAGAAGCUUCAGCAGACCUGCCCCACCUGCCCUCUCCUUCUUUCUGUGGACAGCCCUCAGGCCAUCGCCACUGCACAGAUCACUCUGGCUACUUACAAGAGACAGUCCACUCUCAGUGCCGGGCUCGGAGUGAAAAAUAUCACCAGAGCAGCAUCUCAGGAUGUUCCAGUAAAAGCAGUCUUUGUGGAGUACACGGUGCAGGAGUGUCCCGACGGACUCACAGAAAGAGGCACCUGCCAGCGGCCGACGCUCAACUCUGACACAGAGACUGCAGGUUUUUGUACCGGAUCUCUGCUCGGAGACAUGAAUGAGCUUCCUGAUGCUCAAGUGUCCUGUGAGAUGUUCAAAUUGCAGAAUGUGGAUGUGGUUCGACCGUUGCAGCCACAGGGUCACGAACUCCUCCAAACCUCGGAGACACCAACCUUUCCAGCUCCGCCCGAUAACCCAGGAAAUGAUGCACAGCCUGCAACUGCUGACCCCCCAUCACCCACUGUGGCUCAGCCACUGGCGCUUGACCCUACAGCUGCACCCCAGAUUCCCUCAGAUGCAUCGACUGCAGUUAAACCAUCUGUUCCCCUCACUUCCUCUUCCAGCGAGUCUGAAGAAACUCUUCCAAACCUUCAAAACCCAGCCAAUCCAAGGCCACUUGACUCGUCCUCUGAAGAAACUGGAGGUCCUGUGGCUCUCCGUCCACCCUUCAACUUUCGCUACCAAAGGCGGGACCGUAAAAAGCGACAGGCCUUGAUGGAGAAUCCACCUUCUCACCAACCAGUUUUCCUGUCUGAGUUCCCCAGCGGGACGUCUCCUUUCCGGUCAUGUCCUGGUCCAUCUCGAUAUGCCACAGUGUAACCAAAGCUGUUGUAGCAAAAAAUCGAAUUGCUUGUAAAUGAUUUCCUUAGCAAAAAAAAUAAUAAAUAUUCUUCGCCUAUUCAUUAAUGACUGGUAAUCUUUGCUAAUAAAAGGAAAGUUGAUCCUGAAA